CUGCCCCGCGCGGCCCUCCCCUCCCCCAGACGCGGCAUGUUGCCCCGGCCGCCUCGGCUGUGGGACGCGGGCAAAGAGCAGGCGCCCGAGGAACAAGGCCCCUCGGCGGGCAGUGACCCCGGCGAGGCCUGGACCUCUGGAGAGGAAGCCCUGGGGGAGCCAGGAACUCCCCCACAGGACAGCCCGCAGCCCCGGUCCCGAAGGCCUUCCUGGAGUCGGAGAGAGCAGCUGCUGCCCCGGGCCCCCCCAGGCCUGGCUGCCGAGCGGUCCCCGGGAGCCCCAGUUGCUCUUCUCCCCCAGAUGGCCUGGGAGGUGGCUCCCUCAAGGAUGACUGUGCUAGCCCCAUGGGACCCCCACUACAAGGCUAGAGCAGGACCUCGGCUGGUGUGGGGGCCCAGCUGUGCGUCAGGCGCCUCCUUCUCCGGCCGGACCUUGUGUCAUCCCUCAUUCUGGCCGCUGUAUGAGGCAGCCCCAGGCCGGGACCUCAGGCCCCUGGCCCCAGCCACAGGGCAUCAGAAGGGAGAGCAUGCGCCCAGGAAUGCAGGGUUCCCAGUGAUGUGCCACGAAGAUGUCUUUCUGUCAGACCCGCUGCUGCCGUCUGGGCAGCGUGUCCCCCUGUACCUGUCAGAGGCCUCUCAGCAGGUCAUGGGCUCUCUGAAGCUGCUGCUCCCACCUCCUAUCAUGUCUCCCUGGGUCCUCCGCACCCCAUCCCCGGGCUGCUCCACUGCCUGGCUCAGUGGGCCUGAGCUGAUCGCCCUCACUGGCCUCCUGCAGAUGAGCCAGGGGGCUCCGAGACCUGCCUCCCCCGGGGCUCCCACGCCCCCUGCUGGCCCCCCAGACCCUGUAUCUGACCACCCAGGCCCCAGUGGCAGCCCCAGCUGUUCUCAUUGCACUGACCCAUCUGUCCCACGAACCCCAGAUGCCCACUGA